AUGUCGUUCAAGGCUCACGACCCGUCCAAGCCGAUCCACAUCCCGACCGCUGAGCACAACGUGCUCGAGUUCUGGCGUGCGAUUGAUGCCUUCAAGACCCAGCAGAAGCUGUCAGAGGGUCGCCCGGAGUUCUCGUUCUUCGACGGCCCCCCCUUCGCGACAGGUCUUCCUCACUAUGGUCACUUGCUCGCUGGUACCAUCAAGGACAUUGUCACCCGCCAUGCCUCAUCCACUGGGCACCACGUCGAGCGUCGCUUUGGCUGGGACACGCACGGCCUCCCCGUCGAGCACGAGAUUGACAAAAAGCUCGGCAUCAAGGGCAAGGACGAUGUGAUGGCCAUGGGCAUCGAGAAGUACAACGCCGAGUGCCGUGCCAUUGUCAUGCGAUACGCGUCCGAGUGGAAGGCCACUGUCGAGCGUGUCGGUCGCUGGAUCGACUUCGACACCGGUUACAAGACCCUCGACCCCACCUUUAUGGAGUCGGUGUGGUGGGUCUUCGGCCAGCUGUGGGAGAAGGACCAGGUGUACCGUGGUCUCCGCGUGAUGCCGUACUCGACCGGCUGCACAACCCCGCUGUCCAACUUCGAAGCUGGCGAGGACUACCGUGACGUCCAGGACCCCGCUAUCACCGUGUCGUUCCCCCUUGUUGACGACCCAACGACCAGCCUCCUUGCAUGGACGACUACCCCGUACACUCUCCCCUCUAACCUCGGCCUCUGUGUGCACCCUGACUUCACUUACAUCAAGAUUCACGACGUCGAGCGCAACCAGAACUUCAUUCUCCUUGAGUCGCUGCUUGGUACAGUGUACAAGGAGUACCAGAACGGCAAGAAGCCCGACCCGAAGAAGGAGCCCAAGUUCAAGAAGGUGGGCUCGUUCCUCGGCAAGGACAUGGUCGGCUGGCGCUACACCCCCAUGUUCGACUACUUCACCGAGCAGUACGAGGACCGCGCGUUCCGUGUUCUUUCCGACACAUAUGUCACCGACUCGGCCGGUACCGGUAUCGUACACCAGGCCCCAGCGUUUGGUGAGGAUGACCACCGCGUUGCCGUUGCGCACAACGUCGUCCGCGAGGACGAAGUGCCGCCUUGCCCCAUUGACGAGUCCGGCCGCUUCACCGACGAGGUCCCCGACUACCAGGGCCAAUACGUCAAGGACGCUGACUCCGCCAUCAUCAAGGAGCUUAACGCCAAGGGCCGCCUCAUUGUGCGCACCGACAUCAAGCACUCCUACCCCUUCUGCUGGCGCUCGGGCACUCCCCUCAUCUACCGUGCUAUCCCUGUCUGGUUCGUUCGCGUGGCUUCCAAGUCGGAGGAGCUUGUCGCCAACAACGAGAAGACGCGCUGGGUGCCCCCUCAUGUCGGUGAGGGCCGUUUUGGUGGCUGGCUCAAGAAUGCGCGUGACUGGAACAUCUCGCGUAACCGCUACUGGGGAACCCCUAUCCCUCUGUGGGCGUCGGACGACAUGAAGGAGAUUGUGUGCAUUUCGUCGAUCAAGCAACUCGAGGAGCUCUCGGGUGUGACUGGUAUUACCGACCUCCACCGUGAGAGCGUCGACUCCAUCACCAUUCCCUCCAAGCAGGGCAAGGGCACGCUCAAGCGUAUCGAGGAGGUGUUCGACUGCUGGUUCGAGUCAGGCUCGAUGCCUUACGCGCAGUCCCACUACCCCUUCGAGAACCAGGAGCUCUUCAAGGAAAGAUACCCCGCCGACUUCAUCUCGGAGGGUAUUGACCAGACCCGUGGCUGGUUCUACACCCUUCUUGUGCUUGGCACGCACCUCUUCCAGACCGCGCCCUGGAAGAACCUCAUUGUUACCGGUCUCGUGCUCGCUUCGGACGGAAAGAAGAUGAGCAAGAAGCUCAAGAACUACCCGGACCCCAUGACAGUCGUCGAGAAGUACGGUGCCGACUCGGUUCGUCUGUUCCUCAUCAACUCGCCUGUGGUGAGAGGUGACAACCUCCGCUUCCGUGAGGAGGGUGUGCGUGACGUGCUCUCCAACGUUAUUCUCAAGUGGAUCAACUCGCUCAACUUCUACUUGAACCAGGUGGAGCUCUUCAACCAGGAGAACGACUCCAAGUUCAUGUACGACCACGACGCGCCCAAGUCGACCAACGUGUUCGACCGGUGGAUCCUCGCUCGCUGCCAGUCGCUCAUCCAGCUCGUUGACCAGGAGAUGGCGGCUUACCGCCUGUACACCGUCAUCCCCGGGCUGCUCGAGCUCAUCAACGACCUCACCAACUGGUACAUCCGCUUCAACCGUCGCCGCCUUAAGGGUGAGAACGGUGUGGAGGACACCAAGGCUGCCCUCAACUCGCUCUACGAGGCUCUCCACACCCUUGCCCUCACCAUGUCCUCUUUCACCCCAUUCACCUCGGAAAUGGUCUACCAGAGUCUUCUCGCCACCACUCCUAAGCCCGCUGACGGCUCGGACGUGCGGUCUGUUCACUUUGUGCUCUUCCCCAAGGCGCGCGAGGAGUACUUUGACUCGGUUAUCGAGCGUCAGGUGCAGCGCCUUAAGAACGUAAUUGAGCUUGGCCGUGGCAUUCGCGACAAGCGCACCCUCAAGGUCAAGAUGCCGCUCAAGACCCUCACUCUUUUCCACCACGACCAGCAGUACCUCGACGAUGUCAAGUCGCUCAACGAGUACGUCAAGAGUGAGCUCAACGUUUCCGAGCUUGUCUACACGUCCGACGAGGCCGCGACUGGUAUCAAGUACAAGGCCAACGCCGACUGGCCUGUCCUUGGUCGCAAGUUGCGCAAGGACCUUGCCAAGGUCAAGACCCACCUUCCCCAGCUCUCGAGCGACGCGUGCAAGGCCUACCUUUCGACUGGCAAGGUUGAGGUGAACGGUGUCCAGCUCGUUGAGGGUGACCUCGUUGUGACGCGCUUCGUUGAGCUCGAGGGCGACAAGGCCCAGGCGUUCGAGGCCGCAUCAGACGGCGACGCAACCAUUCUCCUUGACUGCCGCCGGCACGAGGACCUCGAGAGCGUCGCGCUCCUGCGUGCCCUCACAUCGCGUGUCAACAAGCUGCGCAAGGCGGCGGGCCUCAAGCCCACCGACCGUGUCGAUGUCUUCUACGAGGUGGACGCUGGAGAGGAGGAUGCGCUGGCGCGCGCCAUCGUUGGGUCCGAGGACUUCCUCCAGGCGCAGAUCUACGCAAUCCCCCAGCUCCGCGCCCAGCUGCCCGAGGGCCGCAAGGUGUACGCAACCGAGGUCCGCGAGAAGCAGAUCGGUGACGACGACCGCGCCGAGCGCUUCAUCCUCACCCUCUCUGAGCGGCCCUGAGCGGAGCGGGCGCGGCUGCGUUCCCUGCUAGAAUUGUAGACCAGUUGGUUAUCUCAUGCAUAGUUUCCGUCCGCACGAGGCGAGCUGAAAGCGUAGCGGCCCAGCCUGGGGCACCGGGCCGGAAGUCACAUGCAUCA